UCCUCACCACCAUGGCCUAUGUCACCCUAAAAUUGAACAAAAAACGCUUACUGAAGAUGCCCCAGGACCACAUCCGGGAGUUCCUGCAGGUGACUCUCAAGCAAGCCUGGGACCAGGAUGACAACAUCAUUGUCAAGCACCUUCAAGCUUCCAAGAGGGAUCUGGCCAAGCGACAAUGCCUCCUGCCUCCCCAGGCAAUGCCUGGCCAGUCCUGCAGCCUGGAUCAGCAGCCUGUCAAUGUCCCUGAGCAGCCAGUUCCUGCCCCCACAACACUGCAGGGCACGGAGACAGCUCAGGCCCUGGAGCCACUGUGCCCACACCCUGAAUCUUCAGCACCACUUGCUGAGACUCCCCCCGUGGAACCAGUCACAGCCCAGCUGCAGCAGUUGCCUCAGGUUCCUGGUGAGUGGCCAGAGGCACCCGGGCCCCCAGCUCCAGGCACAGACCUGCUGACCGACCCCGGUGUCUGCACUGCCCUGCUGGGGAAGAAGCACUAUGGGGAUGGGGACUCAAUUCAGUACUUCAGCCCUACAAAGGCUGAUAUGCAGAGCAACGCAUUCCUUCAUACGAGCCCUAAGACCAUGCCCAGCGUGGAGCUGCUCAGCACACACUGGCCGCUGGUGCUGCCCACCUCCACCACCCCUCCUCCCCCAGGCAGUGACUAG